AUGUCCGGAUCCCUUGUUUAUUCCGCCGCUAGCUCCCUCCGAUUCUCGGAGGUAACCAGUCUUCCUCAGCCGAAGAUAAACAGAUCCCGCAACGGAACCGCCAAAUUUCCCACCGGAGCUCGGUCGUUUAAGGCCUCGGCGCAGACGCUUAACGCCGAGCCGUAUGUAACGGAAUCCGUUCGCCGACGAGUGUCUAGUCUCUACGAGCUGCUGAAAGUCAACGAAACGGCGUCGUUGACGGAGAUUAAGACGGCUUACAGGAGCUUGGCGAAGGUUCACCAUCCGGAUGCGUCGGAAUCGGACGGGCGUGAUUUCAUGGAGAUCCACAAAGCUUACGCGACACUAGCGGAUCCGACGACCAGAGCGAUCUACGAUUCGACGCUGGGAUUUCGCCGGAGACGCGUGCACGCUGGGGCGAUGGGUCGGCCGGCGGGUCGGGUUUACACGUCGACCCGGAGAUGGGAAACGGAUCAGUGUUGGUAG